CGGCCGCGCCGUGCCCAGCUCUCCACCAGGCUGCCCAAGACGUGGAAGCCGCAGCUGUUCAAGCGGCAGUUCUACAGUGAGAUCCUGGACGCCACGCUGACCAUCACCGUCACCAUGCGCACGCUCGACCUCAUCGACGCCGCCUACGGCUUCGACUUCUACAUCCUCAAGACUCCCAGGGCUGACAUGUGCUCCAAGCUGGGCAUGGACCUGAAGAGGACGAUGCUGCUGCGCCUGGAACUGCUGUUUGGUGCCAGUAAUGACCCAUGGGAACAGAAGCACAUUGCAGGUCCCACGCUGGUGUUCCAGCCAGCAGGGCUGGGCUGGGCUGUUUGCUGUUCUCUGGCUGCCACAUCCAUCCCUGGACCAUGA